AAGGAGGACUUGCUUCGCAUGGAUUCUCACUUUUUGUAGAGAACGCGACUGGUCCGGACGUGGUGCGGUUCGCGUAGGCCUCUUUGUGAAUACAGCUUCAUCGUCGGUUCCGGAAUACCCUCCCGCGGGGUUCGAUUUGUGUAGUAACGCCAGUGACUCCAGUGAAAUGUUUCGCUUCGCAAAGCAGAAAACACACUCCUUCGAUAGUAACAUUCGAGAGGUGGAAUCCGCGACAGUAAAAGCAUAAACCAGGUCUGUGCUGUGUGUUUUUGACAUAAGGAUACCCCCUUGGGUAUGCCCUUCAGCAAGAAGUUGAUUGUUGGUCGCUGUAAUGAAUGAAUCGUAGGCUGCUACAGAAAAUAAUUUACUGUCUUCUAUUUCCACUGGUGAACCUGAUAAUCGCACGAGUGACGAAUGUUGGCGAAAAUAAAAUUCAAAGUUGCGUUGUUUCCGACGUGCCAAUCAUCUUAGUGUUUCGAUUCACCGUGAAAUUCCUGUGCAUUUUCUCUUACCGUUUGUCAGUGAUGUGUUCAAUUAGUGUCGAUUCGAAUCGUAUGUGAAAUUUGUUGGUCGAUUUUGUGGUGGAACAGUCCGAAAAGGUUCCACAAAUAAGUGGUGUAAAUAAUAUUGUUUAUAAAAUGAAAUAAAUCAGUGAUUUCCAGAGGACCCAUAAUUCAUAAAAGUGUGAGCAGGUAGCACAGUGAGCAUGUUGCCGGACCGCAGCGAAGGCCAGAGCGGGAGGGCUAUAUAUAAACAAAAGUAAAAUAACACCGCAAAAUAGAAUCGCAGCGCUGCAGAAGCUUGGAAAUUUUCAUUGAUUUUGACAGUUCCUCUAGGUACGGCUCUUCUUUAUACAAAAGAAUAGUUUCAAAGUUGUCAUCAGAUCGACCGGCUUUACUAGGUAAGCGGAUCGUAGUACGGAUUCUACCUAUCUACUACUCUUCUCGGUCGACAGGAAAACGACGAACGCAGCAACACCUUCGAUCGUAAAAAUCGAUUUCUGUGCUCCCUCUCUCGGUCCCUUUUCAAUUAAACGCGAAUCAGGGAACGUUCACCAAAGCUACGACUGCCCUCGCGUAACACAAUGUCAUCCAAAAUUACAUCACGUUCCUCGGAUUAAUCAUCGUACUGGUCAUACGCAAAAAAAAACACAAGUUCGCAUGCUCAUACUUUCCGGAGAAGGAAAAAUUCCAAAUUUUCUUAUUAGUGUGACAGCUCAAACAAAAAAUCUAACGAACGAACCAAGCAUACCAACAUAUCCGGGAGGUGUGAGCAGUAAUCUCGCACCAUGAAAGGAUCCGACUCGAGUACAAAACUAUGGAGCGCCUCGUCUUCGCCAUCAGCCAGCAGUCACGAUCUGGUGAUGACCACGACCAGCAGCCACCCGCACUAUCAACACAGCCAGCAACAGCAGCAGCAGCAGUCCUUAGCCAUGAACACACUACACAGCAGCCGGCACAGCAGCUCGGACUCCGACUCGACUUUGCUGCUGCUUGGGAAUGCCAGCGAUGGACCCGGUCCCGGGGGCGGAAGCGGAUAUGGAAAUGGGGGCGGAGGCUGUCUGAAACUGACGACCAGCUCAACUUUAGCUGACAAAACCAACCACAAUGGGUAUGCAAUGAUGCGCUCGACUUCGUCCUGCACGAUUCAUGGCUUCAACAGUAUCGGAGGAACAGCGAAAGGUGGUGUAAAUAGCAAUAGCAGCAGCAGUAGUAGUAGUCAUUACACGAACGGUGGCAGCAGUAGUACUAGUGGCGGCGCUGGAAGCAAUAGUAGUAAGGGUAAUUAUUUCUUCGGUGGUAGCAAUGGAUCGCACAGCGCUAGCGGGUCUGGCAGCGCCAACGUUUUUGCACGGUGCUGCAUCUACCUGACCAAAGGACUGAACCUGCGGAUAUGUGCCGUCGCGUUAGUGAUAGUAACGAUAUUCUCCAUGCUGUAUUAUAACUACUAUAUGGAUAGUUCACCGAUAGCUAGCUUUAUGCACCGUGACACUCGACCCGCACCCCUCAUCCACUGCCGGAUGCUGAACGGCAAGACUCCCAUCGAGGCGUCCCCCGCACCUGACCACCGGUCCGAGGCCCGGCUGCGAAUCGACCCCAAAGUUCUGGUGUUUGUCGAAACGACCUACUCCCGGCUGGGUCGGGAUAUUGCCGAGCUGCUCGUCUACAAUCGGAUCAAAUACAAAAUCGAAGUUGCUGGCAAGAACGUUCCGGUGCUCACCAUACAGGACAAGGGUCGGUAUGGGGUCAUCGUGUUCGAAAACCUGGAAAAGUACCUACAGAUGGACAACUGGAAUCGGCAGCUACUGGACAAGUACUGCCGCGACUAUUCGGUGGGAAUUAUCGGCUUUGUAGCGCCAAGCGAAGAAACUCUGGUGGGGGCCCAGCUGCGUGGUUUUCCCCUGUACGUGCACACGAACUUACGGUUGCGAGAUGCUAGCCUGAAUCCGGGAUCACCGGUGCUGCGAUUAACCCGUGCCGGUGAUACAGCUUGGGGACCACUACCGGGCGGGGAUUGGGCCGUGUUUCAACAUAAUCACAGUACGUACGAGCCGUUAGAGUGGGCCCAGCGGAAUACGCAAGAUUAUCCGACAGAUGGAGUCCAGCCGCCACUGGCAACGGUAAUACAAGACCACGGGCGAGUGGAUGGAAUUCAACGGGUGUUGUUCGGGGCUGGUCUGAAGUUUUGGUUGCACCGGUUGUUGUUUUUGGAUGCGUUAUCAUAUUUGAGCCAUGGACAGUUAAGUUUGAACCUGGAACGAAGGAUAUUGAUUGAUGUAGAUGACAUUUUCGUAGGUGAGAAAGGAACCCGAUUAAAACCAGAUGAUGUUCAUGCCCUGAUUGCCACCCAAAAUCGAAUAGCAAGAAUGGUGCCGGGGUUCAGGUUUAACUUGGGAUUUUCCGGCAAAUACUUCCACCAUGGAACGCACGAGGAAAACCUAGGAGAUGAUAUGCUCCUGCGAAACGUGGAGCAGUUCAACUGGUUCUCACACAUGUGGAACCAUCAGCAGCCCCAUUUGUAUGACAACGUAACAACUCUGAUGAAUGAUAUGAUGCUAAACAAGGACUUUGCGAAAGAAAAGGGCAUUCCAACGGAUUCUGGCUACUCGGUGUCACCGCAUCAUUCGGGUGUCUAUCCGGCGCACGAGUUAUUGUACAUGGCAUGGAAAAAAGUUUGGAACAUCAAAGUAACUUCCACCGAAGAAUAUCCUCAUCUUCGACCUGCUCGGCUCCGCCGGGGUUUCAUCCACCGCAAUAUCAUGGUUCUUCCAAGACAAACUUGUGGCCUUUUCACCCACACGAUGUACAUCGAUCGCUAUCCGGGUGGACGCGAUAAACUCGACGAAUCCAUCCAAGGUGGAGAAUUAUUCCAAACAAUCGUAUACAAUCCGAUAAACAUUUUUAUGACGCACAUGUCCAACUACGGAAGCGACCGGUUAGCGCUGUACACUUUCGAAUCCGUUAUAAAAUUUCUUCGCUGCUGGACUAACCUUAAAUUGACCUCUGCACCACCACUGCAACUCGGUGAAAUCUACUUCAAACUGCACCCAGAUGAAACGGAUCCCGUUUGGGGUAAUCCAUGCGAUGAUGCUCGGCACAGCAAAAUCUGGUCACGGAACAAAAGCUGUGAUACGCUGCCAAAAUUCCUCGUAAUUGGACCACAAAAAACCGGCACCACCGCUUUGUAUACCUUCCUUAGCAUGCAUCCCUCGGUGGCGAGUAAUCUACCGAAUCCGGAAACGUUUGAAGAAAUUCAGUUCUUCAAUGGCAAUAACUACUACCGAGGGCUCGACUGGUAUCAAAAUUUCUUCCCUGUGCAACCGAACGGAACUGGCGGGCGUUAUAUGUUUGAAAAAUCGGCCACUUACUUCGAUGGAGAGCUGGUUCCAAAACGGGCUCACGCACUUCUACCGAAAGCCAAGUUGGUCACCAUUCUGAUAUCGCCAGCAAAGCGGGCCUACUCCUGGUACCAGCACAUCCGAGCCCACGGAGAUCCGAUCGCAAACAACUACAGCUUCUAUCAGGUGAUUAUGGCCUCGGACUCGGCACCGAAACCGCUACGUGACCUACGCAACCGUUGUCUCAACCCGGGCAAGUACGCCCAACAUCUGGAGCGAUGGCUAGCGUACUAUCCCCAGCAGCAGCUGCACAUCAUCGAUGGCGAACAGCUGAAGUCUAACCCGGUCGAGGUGAUGAUGGAGUUGCAACGAUUUCUCAAGCUGGUACCCAGCUUCGAUUACAGCGAGCAUCUACGCUUCGACAAUAAGAAAGGCUUCUACUGCCAGAUCGUGAACGAGAACAAAAAUAAGUGUCUGGGGAAGUCGAAAGGCCGCCAGUAUCCGCCGAUGGACGAGAAGAGCGCUAAGUGGCUGCAGAGGUACUACCAAAACCACAACAGUGCACUGAACAAGUUGCUGAAAAAGCUUGGCUCUCGGCCCGUUCCCCAGUGGUUGAAGGAUGACCUCUCGAUAACGUCAUAACAGCAGCGGGAACAGCAAAAAAAAGGACAGCAGCUGCAGCAACGACAACAGCAACAGCAACAACCGAUCAUUCAAUGUGAAAUGAUCUGAUGAUGAGAUGCUUGACGAUGAUGAUUGUCACUCAAAGACUAAAUCUGAAGUAAUAAGUCAGUAUGAUGUACAAAGCAAACGAGAAAGUCGUGUCGUGAAUGAUAAAUUAAUUUGAUUUUACUGUGGAGAGACUUCAUAUUAGCGCUAGAGGCAAGCAGAUGUAGAUAAAUUAUUACGUCGAGAGAUAUCGAAUUCAUUCGCCACAAACAAACGCUUCAAUUUUAUUUUAUGUUUUAACGUUAUGCACCGCGGAUGAUUGUGAUUAUCAUUCCUUGUUCUGGAGAGGAAGCAAAACCCAUUCAUUUGUGCCGUAAGCUAACGGCCGCUGAUUUACAAUGCUCAGUUGUAAUGGCGCAACACACAAGUAUUGUCCCCCAUUAUUUAACGUCAUAGUUUUUAGUUAGGUUUAAGUAUGUACAAAAAAUAUACCUCACCCAUUUGAGAGAACAAGCAAAACGAUUCAGCAACAUUCAGUGGUUCGAGCCUUGGAUGGCAGAAGUUCCAAUGCUGAACGUCAGAGGGCUACAAGCGCCUCCGGGUGCGUGUUAUGCAAGAAUGUACAUUACAUUCUGAGCGAUAGCAGAACAGGAAUCAUUUAAUUUAUCCACUUUUAGCGGGUUUGAUAGCAGAACUAGAAAUGCGUGUAUAAGUUUAAAAAUGUGAAUUGACUAAUGAAAAACAGGGUACAAGUGAAAUUCCGUUUACUGUUGCUAAACUGUACAUUUUAUGUUCGUCUGUAAUAUAGCUGUCGUUUUAGAGUCAGUUGUUUCGUUGCCAUAAUUUACCGGUAGGUUAUCGUUAUUUGCUAACUUUAGUACAGAUUCUCAAUCCAUUAAGCUAAUCCUAUUAUUUCAAUGUACUUAUAUCCUGAGACAAAACGAUAUAAUAUGUUUAAAAAAAACACAAGCAGUACUUACUGUGUAACAGCGGGGAUUAUUACAGAAAAUAAUGUCUUCUAUAUGGUACGAACGGUGUGCAUAUAAUAAACCUUCUAAGGACGCAAUGAAAGCAAAAUUUAACAUAUCUAACAACCGUAGUUUGUAUUUAAAGCAAAAGAUAGACGUUUUUGUCCCAGCGAGAAACCAAGCGUGCAGGAAAAAGCAAAUUAACUAUUUUUUAAACUGUUCCAAGAGAAAGGCAAAAUAAAACAGAAACGCUUAAAUUUUGAACCGCAUUGACACCGAUAUUCCGAGUACGGUCUAAGCUACAUAGAAAAAAAACAAUACAAAAGAGCUCCCUGUACAGAUUGAAGGAAGAUGGCGCUAUACUACUUUUCCAGUGUUCUGUUUGUAUGAAACUUGUAAAGCUACAACCUAGAUAGUUAGAGGCCGCAAGCCGAGUGCAGCAACCGCAUUGCCGCCAAGUUGUUUGUCUAGGAAUCUGAUUGUAAAUAGCCAACUAAUGAUUUUAAUAGGCAGCAGCAGCAUCCAAGCGCAAGAAAUGUUAUCAGAAUAAAGUACGAAACCGUCGCCGGUUAAAGUCAAGCUGAGAAAUUACGAAACAAACACAAAAUGUACUAACUUUG